UCCUCCUCUUCCUCCUCGUGCUUGCAGCAGCAGGCUCCAGAGCAGGAGGUGGUCUACCUCUUCAUCCCUACUCAGGCUGUCGGGGCGCUGAUCGGCAAGAAGGGCCAACAUAUCAAACAACUGGCCCGCUUCGCUGGGGCUUCAAUCAAGAUCGCACCUGCAGAAAACCCAGAGGUGACCGAGAGGAUGGUCAUCAUCACCGGCCCGCCCGAGGCUCAGUUCAAGGCGCAGGGCAGGAUAUUCGGGAAGCUGAAGGAGGAGAACUUCUUCACGGCCAAAGAGGAGGUGAAGCUGGAGACCCACAUCAAGGUUCCCUCCACCGCCGCCGGGCGCGUCAUCGGCAAGGGCGGCAAAACCGUGAAUGAGCUGCAGAACCUGACCAGCGCUGAGGUCAUCGUUCCACGGGACCAGACCCCCGACGAGAACGACGAGGUCUUUGUGAAGAUCAGCGGCCAUUUCUUCGCCAGCCAGACUGCCCAGAGGAAGAUCCGGGAGAUCAUCCAGCAGGUGAAGCAGCAGGAGCAGAAGCACCAACAGCAGGGAGUCCCCGCGCCGCCCGCCCACCCCACCAAGUGACCCGGCCUCUGGGGGGCGCUCCAGGGGGCGACCAGCCAAUGAAUGUAGCCCUCCCGACACACGGACACGGAGACGAUCCAAUCGAAAGAGAGAGCAACCAGGAAGGAGGAAGGAAGGCCGUGGGGGACACGGCGGGCAGACCAGCAGCACGGGAACAAAACCAAAGAACUUCAUUGGAGGGGACGGAGUGAGCAGAAUGCUGAGGGCGUAGUGUGCACUGCCAGCCAGGGGGGGGCGCUGAUAUAUACUUAUACGUUAAAAAAAAAAAAAACUACAAAAAAAAACAGAAAGGAUAAUAAAAAAUAAGAAUAAUAGUAAUAAUAAUGUUGAUGAUGAUGGGGGGUGAUAAUAUGGAGAAUUGGACAUCUUUACAGUUAAAUUCAUUAAAAAAAAAAAAACGACAAAAACAAUCAAAAGAAACUUUGAAAAGAAAAUUGACUUCGCCCUAUUUAACGUUAUCCCGUUAGUCGGACUAACAUAGGCCUAACAGACAGCCGAGAGCAGUGCAGACCGCAUUAACACGAGCUCGCUGUGAUGGACGUGUUUGGGUGUGGGGGGAGAGCCGGUGGUAGCAGCAGACGCUUAACUCUCAGGCUGUGUGAUGCUCAGAUCGCAAGAGCGAGCAAGUCAUCUUUGUGGUAUCAUCGCAGCGUAGGGACGUAUACUGAUACACUUGGACGGUAUGCACUGUCGUGGAAUAACCCAACGGAUGACAGGUCCGUGCUUUCAUUUUCGUUUCCUGAGACGAGGUGGCAGCAGAGUUCACGGUCACACUGGUUGAGAUUUUUUUUAGACAUCAAAUUUAACUGAAACCGGAGAUUGGUUCUAAGUCUUUGAAAACAAGCCUGUGUGUGUGUGUGUGUGUGUGUGCCAACGCAAAGGAUAACAUCCCUUGGAAAUGUUUCUUACAGUUUAUAUCAGAUGACUUCACUUAUAAUAAGCUCUCUCAUUUCUUCCAUUUCCUUACUUUUUCUAUGCUUUCACUUUCUCAUCACUCUCUCACUCUCUUUCUCUCUCUCUUCCUCGUUCUCUCUCUCUUCCUCGUUCUCUCUCUCUCUCUCUCUCUCUCUCUCUCUCUCUCUCUCUCUUUCUCCAUCACCUGGCAUGUUGUUUUUGACUCAAACAAAUGGAGUUCAUGAAUAAUCUUAUCUGCAGCCUUUUGGAGUUGAACCGACUGCCACGUUUACCAGAGAGGUUUUAAACACACAAGAGGAAUUUUUAUUAUUUUAAUUUUUAUUGUACUAUUUACCAAUGAACUAGUCUCCCUUUCCGUGUGCAUUAGACUGUAUAUACAUUCAUGCUUGAUGUCCUGGACUAAAAAAAAACAGAAAAAGAAAGACAAUUAUUAUUAUUAUUAAGAAAAAAUAUGGUUCUAAGUAACAUUCAAAAACGAAACCGAUGGAUAAAAAAUACUGACGUCUUAAAAAAAAAAAAAAAACACGCGUGACACCCGUGUUCUGGAAUGUGCACCCACCAUACGUUCUGCCUUAAGUGAGCGUU